AUGGGAUUAGAUUGCUCUACCUCUAGAAAACCGCUCUUAGAUACUAUCUCAUAAGAAUUCCUUAAAAAAAUUAAAAAGAAAUACCCAGUGGCUAAUCAGACUCUUAAAUCAGAUAUAUCUCCAAUUAUCAAUACCCCAAUCCUCAAAAUCAAGGAUAAAACUUAUUUAAAACUUGAGAGUCAUUAAACAUCUGGAAGUUUUAAAAUUAGAGGUGCUUUUCUAUACUUUUAAGAUCAGCCUAAUCAAUAAAUUGUUGUUGCUAGUACAGGUAAUUUUGCAAAAGCUUGUUUUUAUGCUUACAAAAGUUGUAAUGAGGAAACAAAGAAUUAGAGUGAUAUUCUUUAACAAGAUUACAAAUAAUCUUAAUAGAUUAAAUUGGAUGAAUACAAUACUCCAACUCCUCAACCUGAAUUUUAGGAAUAAUAAUAAUAACAAUAAUAAUAAUACACUUAAGAUGAACUUGACAAAUCUAAUUUAAUCAUAUUUGUACCUAAUAAUGUAAAUAGAGAUAAAUUAAAAGAAAUUACUUGUCCUAUCAUUUAUGCAGGUUAAGACUGCGUUGAAAGUGAAAAAAUAGCUCGAUAAUAUGCAGAACAGCAUAAUAGCAUUUAUGCCUCCCCUUAUAAUGAUAUAAAUAUGAUUUUGGGUAGUUGCACAAUUGGAGAGGAAUUAGAUUAAUUGUAAUUCAAUAUAUUAAUGUAGUUUUAAUGCUUAAAAUCAAGAACUCGAUUUUGUUUUUGUCUCAUGUGGAGGUGGUGGUUUGAUAGGAGGAAUUGCCUUAUAUUUUAAAUAUCUAAAAAAUAAGGGAACUAAGAUUAUUGGAGUUUAACCAUACAACAACGCAGCAAUGUACAAUGUAACUUUAAAAAUACAAUUAGAUAUUACGUAAAAAAGGAGAAGGGAAAUUACUUGACACUCUAUCCGAUGGAACCUCUGGUGGAAUUGAAGAAAAUGCUAUUACGAUUGAAAUUUGCAAGCAUCUGGUUGAUGAUUGGGUUUUGGUGACAGAAGAUCAAAUACUAGAAGCCUAACUAAAAUUAAUGAAUGAGCACAAACUUAUUGUUGAAGGAGCUGCAGCAUUAGCUUAUGCUGGCUUUAUGUUAUAUCCUAUAGGGCGUCUUUCAUGUUUAAUUGUAUUAUGUGGUUCUAAUGUUGAUCCGCAUAAGAUUAUGGUAAAAAAAUGA